GGGGCAAACAGGAAAAACAGAAAAGGUAAAACACAGCACAGUGCAUGGUGUUUAUAGAACAAGCAAGAUCAUUCUUAUAAAUAAUAUACGAUUAAUAAAUAAAUAAAUGCAGUCUCCCGGUGAGCAAGCCAACACUGCCAUGUUGUGGCGAGGAAUAUAUAUUAUAUAUUAUAUUAUAUUAUAUAUACAUGUGUUUUGUGGGCCGCUCCUGCUGAAAAAGACUUAGGCCACUUUUUACACACAGUCCGCCCCUUGAUUUUUAAAUAAACCAAAUGUUGCUUAUUUGAAAUGUAAAAAAUACUCUCUACAUGUUUUUGUAAUUGUUAGAUCGAUGGCUAGGGUGACAAUAAUUGAUCCGCACAGUUUAAAAAUCAUGAUGGAAAGUCUGCACAAUAUUUACAAACAAACAUGUCAGUGUGUAUGUUUGUGUGAAAAAGCGACAAUUUUCCUGCAACAUUAUAAUCACUGAUACAAUCAACUAUAAAUUAAUUUACUGCUGUUGUAUUCGUCUUUCACACAUUAAACUGAACGCACGCCUCUAAACGAUGUCCUGUGACGUCACCAGCGUUUGGGAAUUGUAGUUCAUUCAGGUGUCUCAAUGUUCCGCCAACGUUGCUGUGACGUUGCUGUAACGUGGUACGUGCGCUCGCCGGGAACCGCUUUGUUAAGCAUUUCCGCAUAUUUCUCUCAAAUAUCGCCUUGUUUAUUAAGAAUCGUAUUCAGGGUUUAAUUUUGAGAUAAAUUCAGAGUAACCCCGCGCUUUUAUAAAUGGAAGCAAACAAUGCAAGUUGCUCAGACUGGGCCAUAAACAGACGACGGGCGGAGGGUCUGGUGAACAAGCAGGAAGACAUGACAGUGGGCACAGACCAGGGACCCUCUGAAAACAUGCAUCCUCUGCCGAACGCCAACAGUUCACACAUUCCGGGACAGGCAGAGAUAAACUUCCACACGGAUUCAGAGUCCUUCAAAACUGCAGCGAGGACGGUGAAAUGCAUGCACGAGGAGGAAACAUCACCAUCAGAGACAGCUGCCUAUAGGCAAAUCAUCUCCCUCCUUGUUGAGAUUAAGGAGGAGCAACAGAGACAGUGGGCAGUCUUGAAAGAUCUGCAGGCCAGGGUUCAUGGACAGGUGUGUGAAGAAGAGGAAGAAGAGCUCGACAUAGAUCUGCCACUACUGACAAUGGAACAGCUUGAUAAAACAGAACGACAUUUAGAAGAUUCUGAAGCACAGAGGAGAAUGGUAUCACACCUCUCACGCAUGGGUGGAGCCACGGUAGAUGACGCGGUUCGGCGUCUCAUGCUUGCUGUUCUCUCUUAUGAUUUGGGCUCGGAGCUCAACUGGGUUGGCAGGGGACAGAAAAGAAGCUUCAGAAACACCAGACUGCAGGGUGUUUUAUUUCGUGCUUUGAAGAGAACACCUGUAGGAAAGGAGGCAACACACCACCAGUUUGCUGACGUAGUGAAGAAAUGGUUGCGGUUUGCCCCUUUCAGACAGAGAGGGACUGGACGAAGACAGCACUUGAAGCCUAUUGAGUUCAUGUGUCCCAAAUAUGACAGUACUUUGGAGGACUGUAACCUGGAAUCUGUGGAGGUUCAGAAUUCAAUAUAGAAGCAUUAAAAAGGCCCAUUUAUGUGGGAAGGUGGACUUAAUAAAUUGACAAGAGCAUGAAGGGUUAUACUGUUGGUGAAGAUGUUUUUCUUCCCAUCACAUACAGACGUGCUCAAAUAUGUUGGUACCCUCCACAAAAAACAUGAAAUAACUUGAAACUGACAAAUGUUAUUGGCAUCCACCAUUGUUUAUUCUAUUAAUUAUUGUAUAUUUAAUAGAAAUCGGACUUUGCUUUAUAUUUUAUAUUUAACAAAGUUUUGUAAAUAAAACAAAUGAAAAGUCAUGAAAAAUGAUGGGACCCCUAACCUAAUAUUUUGGUGCAUAACCAUUAGAGGCAGUAACUUCUAGCAAACGUUUUCUUUGGCCCACUCUUCCUGAGCAAUCUGCUCCGGCUGUCUCAGGUUUGAUGGUUGCCUUCUCCAGACUGCAAGUUUCAGCUCUUUCCAUAGAUGUUCGAUAGGAUUCAGAUCAGGACUCAUAGAAGGCCACUUCAGAAUAGUCCAAUGUUUUGUUCUUAUCCAUUCUUGGGUGAUUUUAGCUCUUUGUUUUGGGUCAUAAUCCUGUUGUAGGACCCAUGACCUGCAACUCAGACACAGGGCAGUAUGUUUCGAUACAGAAUGCUUUGAUAGCCUUGAGACUUCAUUGCGCCCUGCACAAAACCAAGGCAACCUGUGCCAGAUGCAGUAAAGCAGCCCCAAAACAUGACCGAGCCUCCCCCAUAUUUCACUGUAGGUAUUGUGUUCACUUCUUUGAAAGUUUGAAUCUUUUUCGUCUGUGAACAAAGCUGAUGUGACUUGCCAAAAAGCUCAAAUUUUGACUCUUCUGUCCAAAUAUAUGUUAUAGCCUUUA